CAUGCGCACUUGCUCCCGCCUCUUCUCCGUUUCUUUCGGAGCCGUCCAUCCGGGCUUCUGGGCGUCGUUGGGACGUGCUUACGUCAGCUAUAUAAGGGCCUUCAGCCCCUUUGUUCCUUCUCAGUGCGUCGUUGCUCUUCUGCUGGCGGGGACGAGAUCCCAAACGAUAUCAAGAUGGUUGAAGCAGAUCGUCCUGGGAAACUCUUCAUUGGUGGACUGAACACAGAGACCAACGAAAAGGCUCUUGAAUCUGUCUUUGGCAAAUAUGGCCGCAUAGUGGAAGUUCUUCUCAUGAAAGAUCGAGAAACAAACAAGUCAAGAGGAUUUGCUUUUGUCACCUUUGAGAGCCCAGCUGAUGCCAAGGAUGCUGCCAGAGAUAUGAAUGGAAAGUCCUUAGAUGGAAAAGCCAUUAAAGUUGAACAAGCUACCAAGCCAUCCUUUGAAAGCGGUGGCAGACGUGGGCCCCCACCCCCUCCAAGAAGCAGAGGUCCUCCAAGAGGCUUUAGAGGUUCAAGAGGCGGAAGUGGAACACGGGGGCCCCCUUCAAGAGGGAGUCAUUUGGGUUCUUCUAGAGGUCCCCUUCCGAUGAAGAGGGGCCCACCUCCACGUAGUGGGGGUCCACCACCUAAAAGACCUGCACCUUCAGGACCUGUGCGUAGCAGCAGUGGAAUGGGAGGGAGAGCACCACUGUCACGUGGCAGAGACAGCUAUGGAGGGCUUCCACGCAGAGAGCCACUGCCUUCCCGAAGAGAUGUCUACUUGUCUCCAAGAGAUGAUGGCUACAGUACUAAAGACAGUUACUCAAGUCGAGACUAUCCAAGUUCCAGAGACACAAGGGAUUAUGCACCACCGCCAAGAGAUUAUGCAUACCGUGAUUAUGGUCAUUCCAGUUCACGUGAUGAGUAUCCCUCGAGAGGUUACAGCGACCGUGAUGGCUAUGGAGGGCGUGACCGGGACUACUCGGAUCACCCAAGCGGAGGCUCUUACAGAGAUUCUUAUGAGAGUUAUGGCUGACCACUGUUGUUACGAUGAUGAGACCUGAGGCAGCGCAUGGCUCUAUAGUGGACAACAUACAGCAUGUUGGCUGUAACAGUACAACAGGCAAGUCCUAGGUACUGGGAUAAUAGUGGCUGUCAUCAGAACUGAAGCUUAGAGAGAGUGCAGCUGAUGAGCGGGCUGAACAUUCACUUGCUAUGUGUAACGAAGGCAUUUUGGAGGAGAGUCAGAUCUUAAAUGCCAUUGUCAGUCUUGGUUAUAGGCACUGGAUGAUGUGCAUAAAGCCACCAGGAAGGUUUUUAGGUGUUGGGGCAACUUGCCAAUGAUUUGGGCAGCAACAAUUCUAGGAUGUAGCUUGUUCAGUGGUGGUAGUAGAUAAGCCACACGUGGGCCUUUUCUGGAGUGUUUCCGGGGGGGCACUCUUGUAUGUUUGGGAUCAGCAUGGCAUUUGUUACAUUUUUAUACUGCCAAAAUGGGUGUCUCAUGGCAGUUCACAUGCUUGGGCUAGACAGUAGGGUUUGGAUAGAGUUGCUGCAAAAUCCUUCCUAGCAUGUUAGGAAAGGGUCAGGAGGCCAUAAAUGGCAUGACUUGUGGUAGUCUCAUGAACUUAAACUAAAUUAAGACCACUUUGAAUAAAAUGUGCCAUGUAAUACAUCUGGUCUGCUUCCCUGCAUAGACAAAACAAAAUGUUUAGCAAUAAGGCGUGUCGCAUUAAAGCAGGGGUUGGACUACAUCUCCCAAUAUCCUCAGGCACAAUGGCCUUUGGCUGCUGUGGCAGGGAUAAUGGGACUUGUAGUCCAACUGGGGACCUGUUGGAGAACCCCUGCUUUAAUGACUAUCCACUUGCUAAGUCUUUAAGGUGUCCUGACACUUUGUGUUUUUCUGAUAGACUAACCCCCUGGAAGUGUUUAGAAAUCUGAAAUUGAUGUGAACUAGGUUGAGGCCCUCUGCUCUCUAGGCUCUUUGGUCCCACGGGUGAGCUAGUACCAUAAACUUAAAUAGUUGACUUGUUCAUCAAACCUAGGCAGAAAUCUGUUUCAAAAUGAGAGAGAACUCCCAGCCCUAAAGUAAUUGGAGCUUCCUACAACUAAAGCCCCCAGAUACCAAAAUCUUUGUAUUCCAGCAACUGUUCAAUAAAGUUGUGCACCUUAA